AUGAAAUGUAUAAUUGACUAUAUGCCAUAAAAGAUUAGAAUUUUUUUUGUUAAUUUAUUAUUAAUUAUACUGAAAGACACUAAUAUUAAAAAUAAAGACACUAAUAUUAGUUAAAAAAACUUUUAGGUGAAAUCAUUUAACUGUUUGUUUGCAUGUCCUUAACAAUCAGGAACCACCGAAAGAGAAAACAGUGUUAGGACCAAGUCAAUAAUUAAGUAAGGACCAGAUGCCUUAUUAUUUAUUUUUUUGGGAAGGGAUCAGUAGAUGCCUAAUUAAUUAAUUAAAUAAAAAGCCACCAUUUAAUCUCCAAUGCUGCUUCUUCCUAUUUACAAAACUGAAGCAGCCAACUUGAGAGUCAACACAGGAAUAUAUACAUUGUUAUGUAUCAGUAUCCCAAGAAAACAUGAGUUUCUUUAUCUGUAAUUGAUAAAGAAAGAAAGAAAUCAAAAUACAAUAUUUGGGCUAAAGAAGAAAGAUGAUUGGACGCAGAGAAGGAGCUUUAAUGAGAAACAGCAACAGCUCGCAGUCACUUCGCAAAUCAAGAAUCGCAAUUGCCAUUGCAAUUGGAAUAUUACUUGGAUGUGUUUUCGCUUUCUUUUUCCCUAACGGUAUUUUCACUUCCCAUCCUCACUUUAAUUCUCGCCAUCUCUCCAACUCUAUUAACCAGGUUGUAUCGACAUCAUCAUGUGAAUCAUCUGAGAAGCUAAACGUGUUGAGAAAAGAGUUUGCAGCAGCAUCAGAGAAAAAUGCUGAACUAAAGAAACAGGUUAAGGAGCUCACUGAAAAGCUUAGAUUUGCUGAAAGGGGUAAAGGUCAAGCACAAGAGCAAGUAGCUGUGUUGGGUGACCAGCAUAAAGCUGGACCUUUUGGGACUGUUAAGGGUUUGAGAACAAACCCAACAGUUGUCCAAGAUGUAUCAGUAAACCCGAGAUUAGCACAAAUAUUAGAGGAAGUUGCGGUUCAGAGAGAAAUUAUAGUUGCUUUAGCUAAUUCAAAUGUGAAGGAAAUGUUGGAGAUUUGGUUUAAUAGCAUCAAGAAAGUUGGUAUACCCAAUUAUUUGGUUGUUGCAUUGGAUGAUGAGAUUGCUGAUUUUUGCGAAUCAAAUGAUGUUCCAGUGUAUAAGAGAGACCCAGAUGAGGGAAUCGAUUCCAUAGGAAAGACUGGUGGCAACCAUGCUGUUUCAGGAUUGAAAUUUCAUAUCUUGAGGGAGUUCUUGCAGCUGGGAUAUAGUGUUCUUCUCUCAGAUGUUGAUAUCGUGUAUUUGCAAAACCCUUUUGAUUACCUUUAUCGGGAUUCAGAUGUGGAGUCUAUGACUGAUGGGCACAACAAUUUAACAGCCUAUGGUUAUGAUGAUGUCUUUGAUGAGCCUGCUAUGGGUUGGGCUCGAUAUGCUCAUACGAUGAGGAUAUGGGUCUUCAACUCCGGCUUUUUCUAUAUUAGGCCAACAAUUCCUUCGAUCGAGCUGUUGGAUCGUGUAGCCAAUCGGCUUGCUCAUGAGAAGGUUUGGGAUCAGGCUGUUUUCAACGAGGAACUCUUUUACCCUUCGCAUCCUGGGUAUGAUGGACUUUAUGCUUCUAGGAGAACUAUGGAUUUCUAUCUCUUCAUGAACAGCAAAGUCCUCUUCAAGACUGUGAGGAAAGAUGCUAACUUGAGCAAGCUUAAGCCUGUAAUCAUUCAUGUAAAUUACCAUCCUGAUAAACUUCCAAGAAUGAAAGCAAUUGUAGAGUUGUAUAUUAAUGGCAAGCAAGAUGCGCUGAAACCUUUCCCUGAUGGAUCAGACUGGUAAAUUUGUUCUUGCUUAUUUGAUGAUGGCCUCCAGUUUUCCUGCUUAAUUGCUUCAAACAUGACAUGGACCUGUAGUGAAUGAUCCAAAAAAUAUGAUAAGACCAAAGGGAAUUGACGCAUUGUGAGACAAAUUUGAGUUAUGUCACGAAACGACCUCUAUCAAAUUCUGAUGUCAAAAAUUUUGCUUUUCUCUAAAGACAGAUUUUAUGUAUUAUUUCAGUUUGUAUUUUAGUAUUAUUUACUAGUCAUAUUUGCAAUUCGAUGUUUUUAACAGAAGCCUUUCUUUGUUUUCUGGUGCAAAGACAAUGGUGCUUUCUGGUAAUGGCAUUACAGAGGAUUACUAA